GUGAUGGGAUGGAAAAUGGCGGCUCUUCGGAAACCGCAUUAACUUUAUACCAUACUAGUAAUAACAGUGGCAGCAACCAUGUACGCCUUUUUCUUGCAGUGCAUUUAGAAAUAUCUGAAUGUUGCUAUUUCAAUAUGACUUAAGGUCAUGUUGAGUUUUCUAUCUAUAUAAGCAGGACUCCUUCCAAAAGGGCAACAUUAGCUGGACACGACUUGGAAUGGUGAAGGCAAGGAACAAAGAGUAUUCAUACAGUCUUGAUUUUACGCUAAUGAUAAUUGUAUGUACUUUUCUACUUUCAUUUAGUGUAGUACUAUAAUUGGCCUUUUUAAAUGAGUAGAACUCUACAUCAAGCUUUCAGCCGACGUCGUUUGACCAAACCUGUGUGAAGUCAGUGAGUGUAACGUUAACGUUCAUCUAGCUAGAGCUAUCCAAAGACAACAUAGCGUAUUGCGAUCUCAAUUAGCUAGUCCGGAGACUCAAAUUAAUCAUUUGUUGUUGUUUGAACUUAAGCUAGGUUAGUUUUAGUAAAGUUACUGUUGAAAACACGCGCCUUCCAAGUGCUUGUUUACUAUCCAAUGGAGCCAAGGGGCGCUGCAGUAACGUCACAGUUGGUGGUUUUCUGAUGGGUCUAACAUUAACUUUAAUGCUCAGUGGCGUUAAAUACAUGCAUUAUUGGACAGAGCUCGGUUUCCAGUUAUAAUGGAUGAUUCAAAGCCGAGGUACAGCAAAAGGCUGCGGGCUGGUACCCGACGACGUUACCAUGACGACGGCAUCUCAGAUGAGGAAAUUGAUGGAAGGAGGAUGUUUGAUCUGGAGGAGAAAGUCCACAGUCAGAGGUUCAGCUCUAACCGGGUCCUGCGCAUGGAAGGAAAAGACUUGACAUUUGAGUUCAUCCAGAGAGGCGGCCUGAGGGACCCAAUCGUCUUUGAGAAGCCUGAUGGACUGGGACUCAAGAUGCCCGAUCCUGACUUCAGUGUCAAUGAUGUCAAGAUGUUUGUUGGUAGCAGACGUAUGAUAGAUGUGAUGGACGUGAGCACUCAGAAGGGGACAGAGAUGUCCAUGGCCCAGUGGACACGUUACUACGAGACCCCUCCAUCUCAGAGAGAGAAGCUCUAUAAUGUCAUCAGCCUGGAGUUCAGCCACACCAAGCUGGAAAACCUGGUCAGGAGACCUGCCACCGUAGACCUAAUAGACUGGGUGGACAACAUGUGGCCUCGUCACCUGAAAGAGAGACAGAGAGACUCAACCAACUCUAUCAAUGACAUGCAGUACCCCAAAGUACAGAAAUACUGUCUGAUGAGUGUCGAGGGCUGCUACACAGACUUUCACAUUGACUUUGGCGGAACCUCAGUGUGGUACCACAUACUCAGAGGGAGCAAGGUGUUCUGGCUGAUCCCUCCCACCCCUCAGAACCUGGAGCUGUAUGAGAACUGGGUGCUGUCGGGAAAACAGGGAGACAUUUUCCUCGGAGACAGAGCAUCUGAAUGCCAGAGGAUUGAACUGAAGCAAGGCUGCACCUUCAUCAUACCCUCUGGUUGGAUUCAUGCAGUCUACACCCCUGUGGACUCUAUGGUGUUUGGAGGAAACUUUCUGCACAGCUUCAACAUCCCUAUGCAACUUAACAUCUGUAAUAUAGAAGACAGAACGCGGGUUCCAUUGAAGUUUCGUUACCCCUUCUACUACGAGAUGUGCUGGUACGUGUUGGAGCGCUACGUCUUCAGCCUGACAAAGACCUCCUACCUCACACCAGAGUUUCAGAAACACACGCUGGGCAUUGGUCUGAAGAAGCUGGCAGGCCCAGAUCCAGCCAGUGAACCGGUGAAGGAGGAGGAUAGUGGGGGCAGUGAUGAAGACGCUUCAGAGCAGCAAUCUGACAAGCCUGCAGUUAAAAUUCAUUUGACUCCCCUUGAGCUGGAGGGAAUGUGGAAUCUCCUUGGUAAACUGGAGGCUCUGCCCUCCAACAAAAAGUGUGUCCCAGCAGGCAUACACAAUGCCCCGGCACUCAUUACACACAUCAAGGCUCUACUGAAGGAACAUGCCAAUGACAAUCCCAAACUGUCCUACACAGGAAAACCCAUCGUCAAGUGGCCAAAGAGACCCUCAUGGUACCAGCCGCCUCCUCCUCCACCACCUCCUCCUCGUCCUAAAUUGGCCACCAUUCCCAUCAUCCCACGACCACAGAAACCAGCCUCCUCCAUGUCUGUGCUGAGACGGCGCAGGGUCAGGUGUAAGCGCUGUGAAGCCUGUAUGAGACCAGAAUGUGGAGACUGUAACUUCUGCAGAGACAUGAAGAAGUUUGGAGGACCAGGGAAACUCAAGCAGACCUGUGUGCUCCGACAGUGUCUCUCUCCGGGCCUUCCUCUGUCUGCGGUAUGUGAGAUCUGCAAGGAGCCCAAUCAGGAGGAAACUGGAGACCCCUCCCUCACUCUGAUGGAAUGUUCCAACUGUGCGCAGAUAGUCCAUCCGGCCUGCCUCACGGUUCAGGGUGAAGGAGUGAUGAAUAAAGACCUGCCCAGUUGCUGGGAGUGUCCAAAGUGUGUCCAAGGGAUCACUGACCCAGAGUCAUCAGGCAGCGAUGAACCGUUGGCUGCCGGCCACCAGCAGCACAUCCGUCCCCAUGGCCCCCUGGUCCUUAGACUGGGCCCCGGGCCCUCUGCUACCAUAGGGGGUCCUGUGGGCACCCAGCAGGAUGGGGAGGUGGUCCGCUGUGGUUUCUUCCCUCCUCCUUCUCUUCCUUCCUGCUCUUCCUCCUCAGCGUCACUUCUAUUGGUGGCGGCCCCUCUGCCUUCUCAGCCAAUCAGCUCGAGACUGCAGUCUAAAGGAGACAAAGGUGAAAGCCUUCCAGUGAAGCGGAAAUCUUCCUCCCUGUUGGAUGCUCGUAUGGCUAAGAUUUAUCGGCGACAGAGACACAGCCGCGAUGGAGACGACUCUGCCAGUGAUGAUGAUGAUGAUGAAGGUUUGGCAGCCUGUCAGAGGAGAAAGGGGGCACUCCAUGCCCGAGGGGGGAGCCACUCUUCCAGGAGGGGGUUUGGUGCCAACAGGAGAGGCCUGCUGAGAGGAGGCUCGGCCCACAGAGGAAGCAGAGGAGGGCUCAUGACUCCCGGCUCUUCCUCUGCCCUCAAGCUAAAGCGAGGGAUGGGCAUGAGGGAGGGAGGACGGAGGGGACGAGGGGUGAGACUGAGGGGAGGCUCUAGGAUGCAGCGAAGAGGAGACGACUCCGAGGAGUCCGACGAUGACGACGACGACGAUGACGAAGAAGAUGACGACGAGGAGGACAGUGAAGACGGAGACAAAGAACGAGUGCAUCGCCGAUGUAGGAGGCGGCGCAGGACGGACGAUGAUGAGGAUGAAGAUGAGGACAGUGACGGGCAGGACUUUGACCCUGAAGAGGACGAGAUGGACACGCUGGAAGAUGAAGAGGAGGAAGAGGAGGAGGAGGUGGAGGAGGAAGGGCGCUGGGAUUCAGAUCCCGAACCCCCAGUCCUCCUGGUGUCUGAUCUGAAUGAUGACCUGCUGAGUGGCUCCUAUCUCACUGUCACUCUACAGCGCCCCCACAAGGCCAAGAGACACUCUGGCUCCAUUGUUCCAAAGCUAGAAGCAGCCAUGGGUCUGAGGACAGCUGCUGGGGGUGCUGGUGGUCAGCAGGGCUUCAUCCAGAGAAAGACAGCUCUGUCCAAAUCUUCACGACUCAAGAGCGCUGACACCACAGCUGACGGAGUUACCCCAAGAGGGCCCGGCAGGCCACGUCUGCGGGGUAACCAUGGCGACAGAGGCACUAGAGAACACUCAGCGACUUCUUCAGAGGAAGAUGAAAUUGCUGGUCCUCCUGCACCCUCCUCCCUGUCUCCUCCGUCCCUGCUGUCUCUGCCAUCUUUUAAGGACGUGGGCAACGAGAGAGGAGGGGAGAAGGAGGUGUGGGUGUCUGUGUUCAGGUACUUGAACAGAGCUGAGCUGCUGGCCUGCAUGAUUGUCUGUAAGGCCUGGUACAAGUGGAGCUGUGACAAGCGUCUGUGGAGCCACGUGGAUGUGAGUCGGUGCAGCCCGCUCAGUAACCAAGCCCUGGCGGGCAUCAUUAAACGCCAGCCCACCUCUCUGGACCUGUCCUGGACCCCCCUGGCCAAGAGACAGCUCAACUGUCUGCUCACCAGGCUCCCAGGUCUGAGGGAGUUGAGGGUGACUGGUCUGUCCUGGUCCUGUCUGUCAGCGAUGGUCUCUCCCACUCUGCCCUACCUGCGGCUGCUGGACCUGCGCUGGUGUGAAGGCGUUAAAGAUGCCCAGAUUAAAGAGACCAUCACCCCGCCUGGUUCCGAGUCCUCCCGCAGCAGACUGAGGAACAUGGUGACACUGCGUCUAUCCGGUCUGGAUGUCAGUGAGUCCACUCUGAGGCUGCUUCAGCGCCAUAUGCCCCAGCUGGAGAGACUGGACCUGGCUCACUGCAAAGACAUAACCGACUCAUCUAUCGCUCUGCUGGCAGCAGCCGGGACUCACAGCCGCAACAGUCUCACCGAACUCACACUGGCAGGUUGUAGUGAGCUGACAGACGGCUGUCUGUCCUACCUGAAGCGACUUUCCUCUCUGACUCUGCUGGACCUCAGAGGCUGUAAGGGCAUCAGCAGACGUGCCUGUGACGCCUUCAUCUCUGACCUGUCCCAUGUUGCCCUCUACUGUAUGAUGGAGGAGAAGCUCAUCCAGCGCCUGGAUUAACAUGAACACUGUUACAGCACACACUGUUACAUGGCCAGCUGGAAGAGUGAAUAAAACACCUUUUGUGUAGGUUCUUCAAAACAUGAAGCACACCAAACCUGGAGUUGGCCGUCAGAAACAUUUAAACUUGAACAAACUGGCAGCUGUGACUCCACGGCUCCUAAAAAUCAAAAUGUCUUCUGAUACAACAUAUGAAUAAAGACUUGUACGUUGUUUUUUU